AUGAAUUCUCGCACGAGCAUCGCUGCUGUCUCACGGUUUCCUCUUCCCUUUGACCUUGCUCCACACCUGCCUUUCGCCUUCGACCUUCUCUCCUCGCCUUCGACCUUCUCUCCUCGCCUCCGAAUUGCUCCCUCAACCUCCCAACACCCCCUUCUCCUCUCUGCCGAGUUCAACUCCGAGUUCAGCCCAUCCUCUGUCUUCGAGUUCGACUUGGUGGCUUCCGAGCAGGAGUAUAUGGAUCAUACUCUGGGCUCCGUUCUCGCUCGCUCAACACCACACACCAUCCUCGAAGCUUGCUCUUACCCCUACCACCUCUCCCUACCCUCGUAGCAUGCUUCCCGCUGUACUCCCAGACCCGUCUUGUCAAUAUAUACAUGUAAUAUUCUCCAACAAGCUAUGUUUUGCCU